AUGAAUUCAAUUAAUUUGAUCAUAUCAUUUAUAGUUUAUUUUUCUCUCUUCUUCCUGCCAUCUCUCGAAUCCUCUGCAGAUUACACCACCUUAGUAUACAAGGAUUGCGCAAGCCAGACAUUCACAGAUCCAACAAAAUCACAAUCACAAGCUGCCCUUUCCUCUCUUUUCCAAGAGCUCGUAGCUCACUCCUCUCAAUCCAAGUUUUUCAAAGCCGUCGGAGGUGGCAGCGAGGCGGCCGUUUCCGGCCUCUUUCAAUGCAGGGGGGAUAUCAGUGAGGAAGAGUGUUACCGCUGUGUUAACACGGUUGCUCAAAUGUCAAACAGCUUGUGCAGCCAAGCAAUGGCAGCCCGGGUGCAGCUUUUUGGGUGCUAUACACACUAUGAAGCUGGUGGUUUUCAUGAAACCAGCACUUCCAAAACAAACUUACGCCACAACACUUGUGGGGAAUCGAAGGUGGCGGCCAACGGAUUUGUAGAGCUCUGGGAUGCAGCGUUUGCGGCUCUAAUAGACGGCAUCGUGCACGGUAACGGGUUUUAUACAACUAAUUAUGAGUCAGUGCAGGUGAUGGCACAAUGUGAGGGCGAUUUAGGAGGUUGUGAGUGUGGAGAAUGUGUGAGCAACGCAGAGCAAAUAGCCCAUGAAGAAUGUGGGGAAUCAGUUUCGGGAGAAAUCUACUUGGACAAGUGCUUUAUCAGUUAUACCUUCAACCCAGACGGGAUACCAGCCAAUCCACACCCAGAGAAUAAUCAGAGAGGCAACAACAAUAGCAAUGGGAAGGUAGCAGCAAUUGUUGUGGGAGGGGCAGCAGCUUUAUUUUUGGGGUUUAUGUUCUUGUUGCUUAUCAAGUCGUGGGGGAAGAAAGAGGAUGAUUAAAGUAAACAUAUUUUGAUCAUCACAGAUUUAUAACAUUGUUUAAUCUUAGUUUUUUCUCCUUGUCUCUUUUAUGUUAUUUAGUAGUAAAAUGCAGUAAAUUAUUCUGCAAGCUAGGGCUAAUACUCCUAUUUGGGAGCACGUAUUAUAUUAUAUGAUGCAGUUUGUGGGAAAGAAACCAACUUGGUGGGUUUCCUAUCUGUUUCUGUGGUGGGUAGAGUUCCUCAUCUUUUUUUGUUAUUAUUUUAUUCUUAACUUCUACAAUA